UCUUGCGGGCGCAGCGGCGGGGAGCGGAGCGGAGCUGGGGUCGCGCCAUGGCGUGGAGCGCAGCUUUAUCUUCACGUUACAGAACAGCCUUGUGGAUCCUGCCUGCCUGAAGAUUUGGUGGACCACUCUCCAGAAACAUUUCUGAUUGCUUCUGUCCUUGGGUCCUGGACUGCCAGACACUAUGUACUGCCUUCAGUGGUUACUGCCUGUCCUCCUCAUCCCCAAGCCCCUCAAUCCCGCCUUGUGGUUCAGUCACUCAAUGUUCAUGGGCUUCUAUCUGCUGAGUUUCCUCCUGGAGCGGAAGCCGUGCACAAUUUGUGCCUUGGUCUUCCUGGCAGCCUUGUUCCUCAUCUGCUAUAGCUGCUGGGGGAACUGCUUCCUGUACCACUGCACUGGCUCCCAACUGCCUGAAUCAGCUCAUGAUCCCAGCAUAGUUGGUACUUAAACCAGUCUCUCAGCCUGCCGACGACUCCGGUUUUGCUUUUAAAGAGGGGGGUUGGGGGCAGGAGGGAUUGUGAGGCAUGCGGCUGGAGUACAAGCAGCCUGUGUUCUGUAAUGUAUGUGUGGACUAGAGCGGUAAAUUCCUGACCAGCCCUCCCAUUUUGCCUGUGACUUGUUUACUGUGUGAACUCUGGCAUCACCACCUGCUUUUAGAAGCAGAACAGCCCUAUCUUUUUCUUCCUGUGUUGUUGGGAAUGGACACCAGCCCUCCCAGCUGAGGUGUGGGGGGGAAGAAGGAGCUGUCACCCUGUCUCGUUCUUGCAUGGUGGUGGAGUUCUGCUGUGUCUCUCUUGCUUAUCCGUGUAUGGCCAUGGCGGUCUGUCCUAGGGCUUUAAGCUCACCAGAUCUGUCGAAGCAGCCACAGGAGCCUCUCCAUCUCGCUCUCUGCAGGGCAUCAGGCUCUCUCGCCCUGCUGAUCAAGGGAACUCAGCAGCUAACAGAUGGAUGCAGCCAAAAGUUGUGGAGCCAGAGGCCGUUGAGUCAUCUCCUCCUGCUCAGCAUGCCAAAUCUAAGCGUCUGCACUGCCCAAGUGCUUUCUGAACUACUUACAUGCUCCUCAGUCACAGCUUAAAAACCCUCAGUUGUCAUGAUGCUUUUACAGCACUUCUCACAGGCAUCAAGCUCCCUUCCUGGCUUGCCACGACUUGCUGUGGCUUUGAUUGCUGGGAUCUGAAUGCAUGCUCUGCUAUGGUGUUUAGGGUUAUGUAAAGUUGGCACUCCCAGCCUGACAGGCUAGGAGACCAUUGGGGGGGAGGGAGGGAUGAUGCUGUGAAGUGCUGCAGUUCAAAACAGCAAAUGGGUACAGUCAUUUAAAUGACAGUGUUUUCAGGCCAGGGAUGACUGUGCAUUUUCUAUUAUUAAAAGCAAGCCAGCUGCCAGGUUCCCUGCCUGGGGAGAGGGAGGAACAGAUGGCUAGUGGGAAGUGCCUGGGUCAACCUCUUCCCUUGGCAGGAGGUUUUGAUGUGCCCUGAGUGGCACUUGCUGCACAGGUUUCUUUCCCACCCCCACCAUUCCUGGAGCUGCCAGGGGAACAGUCCUCCUUGCAGCACAAGGCAAUCACUUGUGAGAAGUUUAACCAGUUCUCAAAAAAAACAAAAGAACACACUGGCUCUAAAGCAUCCAGGUGACUGUUCUGUUUGCCAUCCAUUCAUCUCCACACAUGCUUCUUCUCAUGGAGGGUGGCAGGAAUAGCUGCUGCUAUUUCCCUAGGAAGUAGAAAAUCAAAUUGUACAACUUCCAGAGCAUUUGGUUUGUUCAUUGCACAGCUGUUCAAGAUGUUUAAUAAAGCUUUAUAAACUUUGGUCUA